GUCUCUCAGCAGCCAAACUGCUGACUGAGUCAGGCUUGAAUGUGGUGUUGCUGGAAGCCAAUGACAGGGUUGGUGGAAGAACUUUCACUGUAAGGAAUAAGCAAGUUAAAUAUGUGGACCUUGGAGGAGCUUAUGUGGGACCAACACAAAAUCGUCUCCUGCGAUUAUCUAAAGAGUUAGGAAUAGAAACGUAUAAAGUGAAUGAAGUGGAGCACCUCAUACAUCAUGUCAAGGGUAAGUCUUACCCCUUUAAAGGUCCAUUCCCUCCUAUGUGGAAUCCAGUGGCCUACCUGGACUACAACAACCUGUGGAGGACCAUGGAUGAAAUGGGAAAGGAGAUUCCCAGCGAAGCCCCAUGGAAGGCUCCACAUGCAGAAGAAUGGGACAAAAUGACUAUGCAAGAUUUCAUAGAUAAAAUUUGCUGGACAAAUGCUGCCAAGAGUUUUGCAACUCUGUUUGUGAACGUGGAUGUUACUUCUGAGCCCCAUGAGGUCUCUGCCCUUUGGUUUUUGUGGUACGUGAAGCAGUGUGGGGGGACAACAAGGAUAUUCUCAACGACCAAUGGAGGACAGGAGAGGAAGUUUGUUGGAGGCACUAGCCAGAUCAGUGAGAAAAUAAUGGAGCGCUUGGGAGGCCGGGUGAAGCUGAGGAAGCCAGUCAUUCGCAUUGACCAGUCGGGUGAAACUGUUGUAGUGGAAACCUUAGAUCAUGAAUUAUAUGAGGGCAAGUAUGUGAUCAGUGCCAUUCCCCCAGCUCUUGGUCUGAAGAUUCAUUUCAACCCACCUUUGCCCCCAAUGAGAAACCAGCUCAUCAACCGAAUCCCUAUGGGCUCAGUCAUCAAGUGCAUUGUGUACUAUAAGGAAACUUUCUGGAGGAAGAAGGGGUAUUGUGGUACCAUGAUCAUUGAAGAUGAGGAUGCUGCAAUUGGUUUAACACUUGAUGAUACUAAGCCUGAUGGCAGCUUUCCUGCCAUAAUAGGCUUCAUUCUUGCUCGGAAGUGUCGAAGACUGACAGGCCUCACUAAAGAAGAAAGGAAGACAAGGCUUUGUGAGCUCUAUGCGAAGGUUCUGGGAUCAGAGGAAGCUUUACAUCCAGUGCAUUAUGAAGAGAAGAACUGGUGUGAAGAGCAGUAUUCUGGGGGCUGCUACACAGCCUACUUCCCACCAGGCAUAAUGACUCAGUAUGGAAGGAUUAUUCGGCAGCCGGUUGGCAGGAUCUAUUUUGCUGGCACGGAGACAGCCACAGAGUGGAGUGGAUACAUGGAGGGGGCUGUGCAGGCUGGAGAAAGAGCAGCCAGAGAGAUACUAUUUGCUAUGAGGAAAAUCCCAGAGAAUGAAAUUUGGAAGCCAGAACCUGAAUCAAUUGAUGUUCCAGCUUUGCCCAUCACUACAACCUUCUGGGAGAGGAACUUGCCGUCUGUGCCAGGACUGCUAAAGCUGAUUGGAUUUUCCACUUCCUUCGCCUCUGUGGCUGCAGCUGGGUUAUUUGCCUAUAAAAAGGGACUUCUAGUUCGAAACUGAAGAAGGUGCCAAUGCAAAGCCCCACACUUACUUGAGCAGUUUUGGUUUUUUUCAGAGGGUUUUUUUUUUUUCUUUUUGGCAUGUACUUCUCUGUCUCCAAAAUAAGAUCAGGACUGGGGAAAAGGAGAAGGCAGUAGAGAGAAGAGGCUGAAGGGAAGGGAUAAAGGAAGGGGAUCCAUAUUGAAAAAGAACCCCUUGAAUUCAGGCCUACUUCUAGCAGUACCUUUUUGGUUGUUGAAUU